UUAAUAUUUACGCGCGAGAAUAGGGAAUGCUAAGCGCGUUGGUUCACGCGUAGACUCCCAAAUGUCUCUUCGCUUCUGCCUCUUCUUCCGCCAUGUCGUCUUCCGUCGUACGCUGCAUCCAUGAUGAUUCGAAUCUACAGCAAGACAAAAAAGCGCUUCAAUUUCUUUAGUUUGGCUGGCAAUGACAACACUUUUGGUAACAACCAGUCUUGGUGAGGAGCAUGUAGCUUAUGGACAUCUAGAUUUUCCGACGUUAAAACUCCGUGUUGUUGUGGACAGCCAUUUUCCCAAGGGAGUGACAAAUUCGUAAAAGGCUUCUGUCCUCGAGAUGUGGAGUUGAAGACAUGCGGGGAAGUGCCAAGAGAAUCUAUAAGGCUGCAUUAGGUGUGCCAGACGAUCAUUCUGUUAUAUUUCUUACGCAAAUGGAUCCACUGCUCUUGGUUCUGAAGUGAAUAACAUCUGUGGAAAAGAUUGGGAUCUUGAAGGGGCUGACUAUGGUGAUCCAGCUAAUGUUCUUUGGGCUUCUCACGGCGGACUCCAGAGGUAGAAUGCGAGCUUUCACUUUAGUGGAAAUUGUAGAUGAAAGAGUAGAUAAAAUUGCAGAAACUUGGGUUGCUGUUGUUGGAGAUAUGUACAAGAAGAGCAUAUAUUGUUUAAACAUUGCAAUCAGGGCAUGACCAGUUUUUGGUAUCAGUCACUAAGCAUCCAUUGUUGCUGGUGUAAAGUGCUUUGAUGCUUGCAAAUGUUCUAAAUAUAUAUGCUUUCAAUACCAACUUAGCUUACUACUUUUUGUUGUUUUGAUGAAAAUGGUCUGGCAUAUGGAAAUGGUCUGCUAAAAAUUAUUGCAUUUGUUGCCAAGAACGAAUAUACCUCAAUUGAGCUAUCAUUCCAAUGAAAGACUAAUGGAUGAUCCCAAAACUGUAAACAGAAGCUUCAUGAAUAAUGAAACCUUACUUGCCACAUCAAUUUCCAGAGGUACAUUGUGAGCCUUUACUUUUGUGGAAAUUAUGAAUGGAAGAGUAGAUAAAAUCAUGGAUAAUGGGUUACUGUUGUCGGAUAAAUGUCAACAUUAGAAGAGUAUGUAAUGUUUAAACAUGGCAAUUUGGUUCUUCCAUGUCUGGUUUUUAGUUGCUGCUGUAAAGGGAUUUCAUGAAUGCAACUGUUCUAAUUAGACAUGCUUUCAAUUCCAACUUAGCUUACUAUUCAUUCUGUUGAUGUUUCUAUGUGUCAGUGUAAAGCACUCCAAAUCCUAACCAAUUUAAAUCAAUUUUCUCCACACUUUGCUAAAUUUAAUGAAGUCAAAUGCCGUGCCCUUCAAAUGAAUCAAGUUCGACCAAGAAUUGUCAUCUUCAACUUCAAGAUCCUAUACUAUCAAAAGAAUCUAGAAUACCACAAAGAGAUGAAGAUGGCAGGCUUGUGUUCUCCGGAGUCACCGCUGAUAAGAACAUGAACGUUCAUGUUUUGGAAACAAAAGGUGGCAACAAAAUUGUGGCAACGUUUUGGAAACACCCUUAUGCAAGAUUUACUCUUUUAUACUCUCAUGGAAAUGCUGCUGAUUUGGGGCAGAUGCACGAGCUCUUCAUUGAGCUUAGGGCUCACUUGAGAGUCAAUAUUAUGAGUUAUGAUUAUUCUGGAUAUGGAGCAUCCACUGGCAAGCCAUCCGAGAUCAACACAUAUCAGGACAUAGAGGCUGUGUACAAUUGUUUGAAAAGGGAGUAUAAUGUUAAGCAGGAGGAACUGAUUUUGUAUGGCCAAUCUGUCGGAAGUGGACCUACGCUGCAUUUGGCUUCUCGCUUACAGAAGUUAAGAGGUGUUGUUCUUCAUAGUGCCAUCCUUUCAGGCAUUCGCGUCUUGUAUCCCGUCAAGAUGACAUUUUGGUUUGACAUAUUUAAAAACAUAGAUAAAAUCAGACAUGUCAACUGCACAGUUCUAGUUAUACAUGGAACGAAUGAUGACAUUGUCGAUUUGUCCCAUGGGAAGCGCUUAUGGGAACUAGCUAAGGAAAAAUAUGACCCUCUAUGGAUCAAAGGCGGGGGUCACUGCAACCUUGAAACUUAUCCGGAGUACAUUAAACACUUAAGAAAGUUCAUGAACGCCAUGGAGAAAAUUUCACUUACAAAACCAGCAAGUAAACAGCUUACUCCUAAUCCAAGUAUCACAGAAAGUAGACAUAACAAAUGCUUGAGAUUCGGGAAAAGAUAGUCAGAUAUGCGGUGAACUAAGGCAGUUAUCUUCUUUUCAAGGUCAGCACAUCUCCAAGCAUAGGCUUGCUUGCUUGCUUUAUGAACUUGAUGAUUUUUAGCCGAAAGCUUUUUAAAGUUGGUAUGUUUCUAAAAAAUGGCAACGGAUUAGGGAAUCGUAUAAACCUGUGUUUGAUCCAUAUCUUCGCCUAGCUAUGAUUGUUGUAUUGCUUGGACUAUUAGAGAAUCCAUCAGAAUGUGUGCUUCUUGAUCUAGAUUUUGUGUACAAUUUAGUGAAGUUGGCUUAUGCAAACACCAUUGUCGGAAAAGAAAAAAAGAAUACAUUAGUUACACCAGUAUGUUCGCUGUUGACUACUUACUUUACCUUUUUUUUCUGAUUUGCUUUCUUAUCUUAUAUCUCUAUUUGCUGUGACAUCGACUUAACAAUGGUCUUGUAAAUUAUCAUGCUGUUCUGAGCUUUUAAGUAUGUUUUCUAUGCUCCUUUUGCGAA